CGCGGGCCGGGGUCGCGCCCCCCGCGCCCGCGAUGGCGCCUCCGAGGAAACGCGCCGCGAGCGAGGCGGGGGACGUCCGCGCGGGCGAGCGUGAGAAGAAGCCGCGAGAAGAACCGCGGGAGGAGAGCGCGGCGACGCGGACGCGCGACGACGACGACGACGACGACGACGACGACGACGACGCGACCGCGGUCCGGUCCGAGCUCGCCGUCGCGUGGCUCAAAGAGCACGAGCCGGCGACGAUGCGAUGGGCGUUCGACCUCACGCGCCGCAACAUGCGAUCCAUGUACGAGAACUGUCCGUGGGGAUGGUCGAACGCGGAGAAGCGAAGAGAGUUGAACCACCCGGACGCGCUGUACGUCCUCCGCGUCGACGACGACGCGUCGCCGGGCGGGGGCGGCUCGGGGGGAACAGACGCGGGCGAAGAACGCGCAUCGCCCUACCUCGGGUUCGCGCACUAUCGACAUGAGAUAGAAAAAGAGGGGGGAGCGGACGGCACCGGCGGCGAGGCGGUGACGUACGUGUACGAGUUGCAGUGCGAGCCGAGGCGUCGAGGCGCCGGCGUCGGCGGGAGCGUCAUGGACGCGGUGGAAGCCGCCGCGACGGCGCGCGGGAGUGAGCGGUGCGUCCUCACGGUGUUGAAGUCGAACGCGGGCGCGCGGAGGUUUUACGAGCGGCGCGGGUACGUCGUGGACGGCGAGUCGCCGAAGGAGGAGGCGUGUCAUUACGUCAUCCUGUCGAAGGCUCUCGGCGGUCGCGGGUGAGGGCCGAGCGGUGGUCGGUUGUUUUUCUCAGUAUUUUCUCGCCCGCCCGGCCCGGUCUCGUCAGGAUCGAGAAUUAUCCAUCUCCGUCGUGGUCGAGCUCAGACCGCGCGGCGCGCGUCCACGCGCGACGGCGCGCGUGAGCGUCACGUGUCACCAUGGAUAUCGAUAUUGAAAUCGUCAAGGACACCGACGGCAAGGUCAUGAUGCACGUCACGGGUGAAUUCUGGAGAGAAGAGGACGGGGCGUUCCGUGAGGCGCUGAAGGAUAUGGAGUUUUUCUUCGACCCCGAAUUCAAGAGUUGGGACCGAGAGUGCACGGUGCGCGCGGCGAGGCGCCUCCUUAUUGUGGCAGGAGCGGAGGGAUACCAAUUUUCCAGGAGAACCCUUCAGCAAGCCACGAGAGAGCUCCGCCAGCUCGUCGACGAUCAGGCGGAGAGGCUCGACCUCUGGUCUUUUAAUCGAAUGAAGCCGGAUCCGAACGCUUUGCGGGACAAGGAUAAGCGCCUCCAAUUCGUUCCAAACUUGAACGAGAAGAAGGAAUGGUGCGUCGAAGUCGUCGGAAAAGGCUCGUACGCCGGAAGAGAAGCG